GAUGACCUUGACAAUGGGCCCGCGGCCAUUGCAGCGGCACGGGCAGAGACCGCAUCUGUGCGCUCUGAGUUGGCCAAUCAGCAUGCAGAAUGCCAAGCAUUAAGCGCCAAACACCGGCAUCUUGAGAACCUUGUCCGUGAACUUCAACGCGAUAACGUUGAACUUCGUGAACAGAUCAAUAGGGCUGAAGCUGAGGACGAAAACUCCCUCACUGAGAGCGACAAAUACACCAGGGCUCAAUCCCUGCGGGUUGAAUUGGCGGCGAAAGUGGAACAGAUUGCAGUCUUGGAGGAGCGCUUGGCAAAAGCGGAAGCCGCUAACGAUGUUCUCAAUGCUCAACUCAAGUCUAACCAGGUUAGAACUCACACAUUCUCUAAGAGGAAUUAUGUUUGGCAAGCCACUGAAAAUAGCAGAACAGAAGAUGAGGUCUCUCAAGGUCUUCAUCUGACUGCCCAUGUGGCACAGCAAUUGGCGACCGAAUUGGAAGGUAUCGACGUUCUGAAUGCAGAGAGCCUUCUUGAAUCAGUUCGGAAUCUCAAAAGGUACAGUUUCUAUGGCAAAUGUGUUCAGAGAGCAAAUACUUACUUGGCAAUGAUAUGCCAAUAG